AUAACAUUGUUCUUUCUUUAAUUUCUCUCUCGACGACAAUAGUACUUUUUCUCUGUAGAAAUGAAUUAUGGGAAACAGACGGUGUUGGUGGGGCCGUGGGGAGGGCAAGAGGGGCAAUAUUGGGACGAUGGCGUCUACUCGACUGUGAGGCAACUGGAGAUAAGUCAUGGGGAUGCUAUCGACUCCAUCAGAAUCGAAUACGAGAUCAAUGGAAGAUCCAUCUGGUCGGAAAUUCAUGGUGGUAGUGGAGGCUCCAAGAUAGAUAAGAUUAGGCUUGACUACCCAGACGAGUACCUAACAUCGGUGCAUGGAUACUUCGGGCAUCUGCACGAACGAGGACCCGUGUUCGUGCGAGCCCUAUCUCUAGAGAGCAACAAGAGACUGUACGGACCCUUUGGGGUCGAACAAGGCACCUAUUUUUCCUUCCCCAAAAUACAAGGAAGGAUAGUCGGAUUUCUUGGCAAGUCUGGCUGGUUUCUUGAUGCAAUUGGUGCUUACAUUGAGCCAUUUCAAAACCAUCAUCUUGCUUCUCCAAAUUCUAUUUAUUACUCUCACCACCAAAUUUCUCAGCCGGUCGAUAAAAAUCAAUAUUCUAUGAUCCAAGGAAGCCUUGGCGCCGAUUAUGAUCUUAUUGUUGCUGUAAGGCAAAAGGAUACUUCUUCUAAUCAUCAUGACUACGCCAACUUUGAAUCCUCCAACACUAAGAUUCAUAAACAUGUUAGUUUUCAAAGAAGCUUUCAGAAUAAUCAUGUUACUUCUGAAAGAAUAAUUGAGAAUAGUAGCGGUGUGGUUACAUCGGGGCCGUGGGGUGGCGGCGGAGGGAGCGUGUUCGAUGAUGGAGUGUACGACGGGGUGCGACAGAUCAACCUAUCGCGCAACGUUUGCGUUGUGGCAGUCCGGGUUUGUUACGAGCGGAACGGCGAGAUUGUUUGGGGGAGCAAGAAUGGCGGCACGGGAGCAUUCAAGACGGACAAGGUUGUUUUUGAUUAUCCAUCGGAGAUCCUGACUCAUCUGACGGGCUAUAUGGGGCCUACGAUGAUAAUGGGUCCGAGCGUGGUGAAAUCGCUCACUUUCCACACGACGAAAGGCAAGUAUGGGCCAUAUGGAGAGGAGGAAGGGGAGUUCUUCUCUACCAAGUUGAAGGAAGGGUCCAUGAUUGUUGGAUUUCACGGCCGGAGAGGAUUGUUUCUUGAUGCAAUCGGUGUUCACGUUCUAGAAGGUAAAGUAGCGAACGCUUCUCCAGCCGUCAAUGCUAAAAGCUCUGCUUCAGGCAAUGUAGCAAAUGUUCCUCCAACCGCCAAUGAUAAACACUCUGCUUCUAAAGCAACCAACCAAGCUGCAUUGGUAGCUAAAAAGGCAGCUGAUGGCUCUGAAUGGCCUUUCAAAUUUGGCAAGCGAGGACAAACGGACGAGGUAGUGCAUCCAGCUCCAUAUGGGCCAGGGCCGUGGGGCGGGGAAGGAGGGAAGCCGUGGGACGAUGGAGUAUUCACAGGGAUCAAACAGAUCAUUCUUACUAUAACAGAUGCAAUUUGCUGUGUAGAAAUAGAGUAUGAUCGAAACGGCCAAUCCGUGUGGUCGGUUAAGCACGGAGGCACAAACGGACAGACAGCAAAUCGGGUGAAGCUAGACUAUCCAAACGAGGUGUUAACAUGCAUAAGUGGAUACUAUGGUUCGAUAAAAAGUGAACAAGGAAGUAAAGUGAUCCGUUCGUUAACGUUCCACACUAGUAGAAAGAAAUAUGGUCCUUUUGGGGAAGAAACUGGCACGUAUUUCACAUCGGGGACGACAGAGGGGAAGGUGGUUGGGUUUCACGGCAAGAGCAGCACACAUCUUGACGCUAUUGGAGUACACAUGCAGCAUUGGUUGGGGAAUAGAAAAACACCUAAGGCUUCUUCAUCACUUAUGAAGUAUUUUUCUUGAUUGAUUAAUUAUGUUUUUCUUUAAAUAAUUCAUCUUCUACUUUAUAGUACACCUCAAUAAAUAAAUGUUGUCUUGUUUGGCAA